AUGACUAGGUUUGACAAUGUGAUCAUAAGAGUCGCCAUCACCACCCACCAUCACCAUCACCCUUUCAAUUUAUCCCUUUAUCCUUUUUCCGCCAUACCCAUCGUCGCCGUUGGGAUCGGGUCAACCGGUGCCGUCUACUUAGGCGUGAACCUGGAGUUCGAAGGUCUGCCACAUCAGUACUCGAUCCACGCCAAUCAGUUCCUCGUCACCAACCUUGCUCUCAACUUCGAGGAAAAGCUAGAGUACUUGGCCAUCACCUCCCUUGGCGGCCACUACUUCGACGCUCCCUGCGGCCACUGCCGCCAAUUUCUUCAGGAACUCCCCCAUGCGGAUGAUAUUGAAGUUCUUAUCAAGGAUGCAGCGAAUGUCAAACUCGAGACCCUCGGGAACCUCUUCCCGCGCAGUUUCGUCCCUGCCAGAAACCUUGAAAGAGGCACCCAUCUGCUUCUCGGCCACGGCCCUAACUUGUUGAGCCUCUCGGACGGCGAUCUCAACUGCCGCCGAGAUUCGGAGAGGACACUAAGGAUCAAGGCUCUGGCGGCUGCAAAUAAGUCCUUCGCGCCGUAUGGACAGAGUCCGUCCGGAGUUGCCCUGAUGGAUUCCGGAGGACAUCUCUACGCCGGCUGGUUCAUGGAGUCGGUGGCUCUUAGCCCCAGUGUGGGUCCACUACAAGCGGCUCUGGUGGAUUUUGUGACACGCAGCGGAGGCCGCGGCUUCAGUAAUAUCGUUAACGCCGUUUUGGUCGAGAAGAGAGGGGCCAAAGUCGGUCAAGCGGAUACGGCAAGGAUCCUGCUACAGAAGAUUACCGGCGGAAAUUGCCGUCUCGACGUCUUCUACUGCUCUGAGGAGCACUGA